AUGGACUUAUCAGUGCAGUUGUCCUCCCCAUCAGUGCAGUUCUCCACCCCAUUGAGAGUGCAGGAAGAAUUACGUUCAAGAACUGAGGAUGCUCCUGUGAAAAAGAGGAGGAAUAAUAAGGGUGGAUGGAAAAUUAUGCCUUUUAUUGUGGGAAAUGAGAGUUGUGCAAAUCUUGCAACGGCUAGCUUAUCUGCUAACCUGGUGGUGUUCUUGAUCUUUCAAUACAAGAUGGAUCAGAUUCAAGCUGCAAAGAUUUCAACCAUCUGGGGAGGAAUAAAAGAUAUAUCACCCAUUAUUGGUGCUAUUGUAGCAGAUUCUUAUCUAGGAAGGUUUUGGACAAUCCUCGUUGCCUCUUUCACAUAUAUAAUGGCAAUGCUACUUGUGACACUCAUAUCUGUAGAUAUAGAACAACUAAGGGGAACCCAAUAUGGCCUUGCACUGCUCUAUAUAUUUCUGAUACUAACGGUCGUGGGCACAAGUGGGGUGAAGUCAUCUUCCAUAGCCUUUGGUGCCGAGCAAUUUGACAGCAAUGAUGAGGAGGGCAGGAAAAACCAGCAAAGCUUCUUCAAUUGGUAUUAUUGUGCAGCUACUUUGUCUACCAUGCUGGGCAUGACCAUUGUUGUUUAUAUACAAAGUAAUGUCAGCUGGAAAUGGGGAUUCGCUCUGGCUACUCUACUCAUGAUUAUAUCCACUGUCCUUUUCUCGCUUGGAACCAAGUAUUAUGUCAUGGUCAAUCCACAAGGCAGUGCCUUCAGUGGGUAUCUUCAAGUGAUUGUCGCAUCUAUUAGAAAGAGAAACUUGGUCUUGCCUUCUGAUCCAAGAGAAUUGUACGAUGUGCCUUUAAAUAAAGAAACAGAUGAUGUGAAACUCUUUUCAACAGACUUCUUGAAGUUUUUCAACAAGGCAGCCAUAAUCAGUAGAGAAGAUAAUAAGGAACAUACCUCCACACCCAAUCCUUGGAAGCUCUGCUCAGUUCAGAAAGUAGAAGAGCUCAAAUCAUUGAUAAGAAUAUUACCCAUCUGGAGCGCAGGAAUACCAGUGUCCAUCAUCUUACUGGGCAGUGCUAGCACUUACAUGAUAUACCAGGCAAGAAUUAUGCACAGAAAACUGAGUGUCCAUUUUGAAAUGCCCAUAGCUUCCAUGGCCGUCUUUGCUCUCUUAACCAUAUCCAUUUGGCUGCCCAUCUAUGACAAAGUCAUAAUCCCACUUUUCCGUCGCUUAACAAAGAGAAGUGAAGGCAUUACCUUAAUUGAAAGGACUGGAACAGGCCUUGUAAUCUCAGUGAUCACCAUGGUUGUAGCAGCACUGGUAGAAAUUAAGCGUAGAAACAGCAUGGAGCCCAUCUCUGUGUUUUGGCUGGCGCCCCAAUAUACUCUGCUAGGCUUGGCUGAGGCCUUUUAUGCCCUUGGUAUGAUUGAAUUCUUUUAUGUGCAGUUUCCUCCGAGCAUGAGAAGUACUGCUGUGGCAUUGUACUGGUGUGGCAUGGGCAUAGGUUUGUUGUUCAGCAGUGUUAUUAUUACAGUGGUGCAUAAUGCCACUGGUGGGAACAGAAUAAAUGCUUGGCUGAAUGAAAACCUGAAUGAAGGGCGCCUUGAGUAUUUUUAUUGGUUUUAUGCAGCCUUUGGUCUGCUCAAUUGGUUUUAUUUUCUUCUUUGUGCAAAGUUGGUGAGAGACCCCAGACAGUGCAACAAUGGUUCUGAUCAUCAACAGCAGGAAAACACACAAGUAUCAUCGUCUUUCUAA